ACUAUCGUUAUCUAAGACGCGCUCGGGACAGAGAGUGUAGCUGGAUUUCUACCAAGCUUGACAAUAAUUGCUGUCCGCUUGUUCAAUUAACGCGUUAUCGUUCGUAGAAGUUUAUUUCCCCGCGCUUGGUCGCAUAAUUUCCACAAUAAAGCGCCGCCUCGAGGUAAAACCGUUACAACUGCAAUCUGAAGUUGUCGCCAAAGAAGUCUCGAAUCAUGUGGAAGGUCCUGCUGAUCGUUGCCUUCUUGACAGCCAAAGGCAACGCGAACGACUGCGUGUCUCGUAGUUUUGGUCUAAAUCACAUAGUAUGCGUCUGCAACGCGACUUAUUGCGAUUACACGCCGGACAAUGACCCGAAAGUUCCGGAAGAUGGAAGCUUUUAUUGGUACACCACGACUAAGCAGGGACUUAGGAUGAGCAUGGUGAAGGGCCAGUUCGAUCCCUCUAAACGCUUGAAUUUCGGUACGACUCUGACCAUAGAUACUUCGAAAAGAUACCAAACGAUCCACGGUUUCGGGGGUGCGUUCACAGACUCUGCAGGGAUAAACAUCAAGAAACUGAGCCCGGCGACUCAGGAUCAACUGAUCCGCGCGUAUUACGAUCCGAAAUUGGGGAGCAGGUAUACGUUGGGUCGUGUGCCGAUCGGUGGUUCCGAUUUCUCAACGAGACCGUACACGUACGACGACUACGACAACGACACUUCCUUGAAACAUUUUGCACUCACGAAAGAAGACUACGACUAUAAAAUACCAUUCAUGCAGAAGGCCUUCAAAUUGAAUCCUGAAACAGAUUUCUUUGCCGCGGCGUGGUCACCGCCUAAGUGGAUGAAAACCAACGACAGGAUCAAUGGGUUUGGUUUCUUGAAGAGAGAAUACUAUGACCUCUAUUGCAAUUAUCUACUGAAGUUCUUGGACGAGUAUAAAAAGAAUGGUUUGAAAAUGUGGGCGAUUUCAACCGGUAACGAGCCAGUGAACGCUUACGUACCCUUUGAUCCCCUCAGCACUAUGGGAUGGACGCCUGCAACAAUGUCCAAUUGGAUUGCUGAUCACUUGGGUCCGAAGCUGGCGGCGUCAGAGCACAACGACACUAAGAUUUUAGCUCUCGACGAUCAGAGAAUCGAAUUACCCUGGUUCAUUCAGAAAGUGUUUGCCAAUAAAAACGCAAAGAAAUACGUUGCUGGCACGGCUGUACAUUGGUACACCGAUGCUUUCGUUUCAUCGAUGGUAUUGGAUCUCACACACGACCAAUUUCCAGACAAAUUUAUUUUGAUGACAGAGGCAUGUACAGGAAGCGGAUUGUUAGAUUUCCCGAAGGUUAAUCUGGGAGCGUGGGACCGGGGCCAACAGUACAUUCUAAGCAUCAUAGAUUACAUAAACCAUUGGUCGAUCGGAUGGGUGGACUGGAACAUAGCACUGGAUAAAACUGGCGGACCAAACUGGAUUAAUAAUUUCGUAGAUGCACCCAUUAUCGUGGACCCAGAAACCGACGAAUUUUACAAACAGCCCAUGUAUUAUGCUCUGAAGCAUUUCAGUAGAUUCGUCGACAGAGGUUCUGUCAGGAUUUCUAUCACAGAUACCUUGCACAUCAAAUCUACAGCAUUCGUGACACCUUCGAACGAAGUUGUUGUUGUACUGUACAACAGGAGCGGCAUAGCAAGAAACGUUACUCUCAUGGAUUUGAAGAAAGGUUCCCUCCGCGUAGAAUUACCGCCAUACUCUAUGAAUACUAUUACUUAUGGACACUAAAAAUUGUAAACACGUGUAAUUUAAAACCUUAAGAGAAUGAAAGCCCCUUAUCCGAUCUACAUUCGUUAAAUUGUCACGCAAUAUCGAAUUAAAAUACAAAACUACUUGCACUGCUAGCAAUUGAAUUAUUAAAAAAGAUAGUGGAAUAUUUAAGAACUACGUAUAUAAUAUUUACAACGUAUUUUCCAAAGGAUCAGCAACUUUCAUUGAUGGACCGCUGCUCCAUGAAUAUCAGUUUUCAGUAAUAUAAAGUGGCAUAAUAUUGACUUGGAUUUGCAACAGCGUGUGUUACGAUUACUGUGGAAACAAGAAAGAUAAGAUAACAACUUCUGACAAGCCAUGUUUCUGUAAAAUGUUGACUCUUUAAGCCCUUGGUUAUUAUGCGAAUCACAAAAAGACAAUCCAUAAUUUUUAAUUUCUAAUCGUAAAAAAUACCUUGGACUAUUGAUCGUGAUAGAAAAAUAAAAACGAACGAGAAAUCUUGCCACGAAUAAUAGAAAGGGGAAGAAUAUAAGGAAAAUUAAUGAAGGGUAAGGCUAUUCUUAAAACGCUAUUAAUUAUUGUCAAUGUCUUUCUAGCAACACACGAACUAUGGACGUAAAAAUGUCUGCGUUGCGUGACGGAAUUGCUAUCCCUUGCCAAGUUUUAUCUUACUCGCGAUGUAUUGCUGCUGCCACGGUAAAUUAAUAUCACGGGCCACAGUGUGAGCUAUUCGCAUACCAGUACCCUGACUGGCCAAGAAUCCCAGUUUAUGAAGUUUUGCAGAUACCGAUCUUAGGGCUGACGUUCUCCAAAUAUCUGUUUAACUAUUAAUAAACCACAAUUAAGGCAA